AUGGCGACUGGUAAAAUCCUAGUGAAGCCCACAGCAGCCAGAGCUCUGCACUACCCCAUGGCCGUGGGCCUCAACAAGGGCCACAACGUGACCAAGAACGUGAGCAAACCGAGGUACAGCUGCUGUGGCGGGUGCCUCAACAAGGGUACAAAAUUCAUGCAGGAUGUGAUCCAAGGGGGGUGUGGCUCUGCCCUGUACGGGCACCGCACCGUGGAGCUGCUCAAGGUCUCCAAGGACAAAUGGGUCCUCAAGUUCAUCAAGAAAAGGGUGGGAACACACAUCUGCACCAAGAGGAAGCGAGAGGAGCUGAUUAAUGUCCUGGCCGCAAUGAGGAAAGCGGCUGCCAAGAAGGACUGUACCCCUUCUCCACUCUGUGCAGAAUAA